AUGUCUUCCAAGCGCCACUGGUGGCACAACGCCGCCAUCUACGAAGCCUACCCAGCUUCCUUCAAAGACUCCAACGGCGAUGGCAUCGGCGACAUCCCAGGCCUCAUCUCCAAAGUCGAAUAUCUUGCCAACCUGGGCGUGGACGCCGUCUGGCUCGCAGCAUGCUACCGAAGCAGCGGUGUCGAUAUGGGCUACGAUGUCGUCGACUACCGGGACGUUGAUCCACAGUACGGUACCGUGGAAGACAUCGAGAAGCUGAUUGCGAAGCUCAAAGAGCACGGCAUGAAGUUGAUCAUGGAUCUGGUCGUCAAUCACACGAGUGAUGAGCAUGCUUGGUUCAAGGAGAGCAGGUCUAGUUUGAAGAAUCCCAAGCGUGACUGGUACUUCUGGCGGAAGGGCAUUACGAUGCGGCUUCCUGACGGUACUGUUGAGCGUCACCCACCGAACAACUGGGAGAGUAUCUUCAGGGGCUCGGCGUGGGAGUAUGAUGAGCGUACGGAUGAGUACUACCUCCGCAUCUUCAGCAAGCAGCAGCCUGACCUCAACUGGGACAAUCCGAAAGUGAGGAAGGCGGUCUACAGCGAUAUGAGGUUCUGGUUGGAGAAAGGGGUUGCGGGAUUCAGGAUGGAUGUCAUCAAUAUGAUCUCCAAGCCGGAUGGUCUUCCUGAUGCUCCUGUGAAGGAUUCGAAGACGCCAUGGCAGAAUGCUACGGCCUUGUGUUGCAAUGGACCUCGGGUGCAUGAGUUCUUGAAGGAGAUGAGAAAGGAGGCUCUGGAUCCUUAUGGCGAUCAAGUCAUGACCGUGGGAGAAGUCAUCUGCACAGACAAACCAGCAGACGUCCGCGCAUUCACCGACCCCGACCGACAAGAGCUGAACAUGGUGUACACCUACGACCUCUUCGGCAUCGACAUGGGCUCGGGCGGGAAGUUCGACCCACGACCAUGGACACUAUCCGAGUUCAAGCACGACAUCAUCAAAUGGCAGAACGCCCUCGCGUACUCCAAAGGCGCCUGGCAAACAACCUGGCUCGAAUCCCACGACUCCGCUCGCUGCGUAACACGUUUCGGGGACAAAGACCCCAAGAACCGCACCAAAGUCGCCAAAAUGCUCGCCCUCCUGCAAAGCACCUUCAGCGGCACUUUCUUCCUCUACCAAGGCCAGGAAAUCGGCAUGAUCAACCUCGAUCCCAGCAUUCCCCUGAGCGAGUACAAAGACCUCGAGACGCACCAGACCUGGGCUUCCAUGCGUGCCGCUCGAGCAGCGCAACAUGGCGUUUCCAUUGAAGACGUCGACAUGGCUCCCUUCCUCACACAAGUCCACCUCAAAGCCCGCGACCACGCUCGCGCGCCCCUCCCCUGGACAGCCUCGUCGCCCUCCGAACCCCACGCAGGCUUCUCCUCCGCCCCACCGAAGGCAAAGACCUGGUCGCCCAUGAACACCGACUCCGCAACCUGCAAUAUAACCUCCCAACUCUCCUCGCCCUCCUCUGUCCUCAACUACUACCGUCACCGGCUCUCCCUGCGCAAGAAAUUCGGCGAGACGGUGAUUUUCGGGGACUUCGAGGCCGUGGAGGGGACGCUGGGGGACGGGGGUGUGUUCGCGUAUUGGCGGAAACCGCUCGUGGAGGAGGAGGGGAAGGCGAGGGGAAAGGACGCGGUGUGCGUGCGGGAUAUUUUGGUGGUGUUGAAUUUGGGGAAUGGGGAGGGAGUGGAGUUUAAGAUGCCGAAGGGGAUGAAUGGUGGGGAGGCCUUGAAGUUUUUCGUGCUGGAUGAUACGUAUGGUGGGGAGGGGGCGAAGGGGUUCGUGGGGAGUGGGGAGAACGUCGUGUUGGGGGCUUUUCAGGGGGUGGUGUUUGGGUACUAG